CAUCACUCCCUCCGCGCGCCGAGCCCCCUCCUCAGUAAUCCACACUCUCUCAUGCGGAGCCGCCGGAAUCUGACUGCUCCAGGCACAUUUAUGUACCAAAGCGAUUGCCUUCAUUCGAGCAUCGGCGAAAGAACAACGCAAUUUGCCCGAAGAAGACUGAAGGACACCCCGGUAUAUGACAGUCUUUAUUUCCACCUAUAGUUUCGGGUUGCUUUGAUUUCGGAGAAAUGAAUGAAAGUUUCUCUGUAAAUGAAACGGCGCUCCCGGCCGUGUGGAUCGAUGACACGGAUGACAAUGCAACUUUGGAGUUUUCUUCUGAACUUUUCAAUUUCACUAUCAACCCCUGGGACAUCAUGUUGUGCAUAUCAGGGACUAUCAUCGCCUGCGAAAACGCCAUUGUAGUGGCCAUCAUCUUUUACACUCCGACUUUAAGGACACCCAUGUUCGUUCUGAUCGGGAGCCUCGCUACGGCUGAUCUCCUGGCAGGAAUGGGAUUAAUAUUGAACUUUGUGUUCCAGUACGUGAUUCCCUCCGAAACGAUCAGCCUUAUCACUGUGGGCUUCUUGGUGGCCUCCUUUACGGCAUCCAUUAGCAGCUUGCUAGCCAUCACUGUUGAUCGCUACCUUUCACUCUAUAAUGCCUUGACUUACUUUUCGGAGAGGACAGUCCUAUGCAUCUAUUUGAUGCUUGUGGUGACCUGGGGGGUCUCUAUAGGCCUAGGGCUUUUACCUAUUCUAGGAUGGAACUGUCUGGAGGAGCCGUCAUCAUGCAGCAUCGUGAAACCCUUAACCAGAAGUAACGUGACUCUGUUGGCUGUCUCCUUCUUUGUAAUAUUUAUGGUGAUGCUGAACCUGUAUUUCAAAAUCUGCAAAAUCGUGUGUCGGCACGCCCAUCAAAUUGCCCUCCAGCAGCACUUUUUCACCACAUCGCAGUACGUGGCCACCAAGAAGGGAGUCUCCACUUUAGCAAUCAUCCUCGGGACGUUUGGGGCCAGCUGGCUACCCUUUGCCAUCUACUGUUUAGUUGGCGACCACGCGUAUCCGUCGGUCUACACUUACGCCACCCUUUUGCCUGCCACCUACAACUCCAUGAUCAACCCAAUAAUUUAUGCCUAUCGGAACCAAGAGAUCCAAAGGUCCAUUUUCGUCCUCUUUUGCGGCUGCUUUCAGAUGAACACGUCCUGUCGCUCCAGGUCGCCGAGUGAUGUGUAGGCUCAGUUAUAGUGACCUGUAACGUUUGCACAGAGACACUCUGCUUCUGACAUAUGGUCGUGCCUGCUUGAUUCAAAACAAGUCUGUGUCAUGAAGAGAUGUAACGCAUUAGCACUUUAUUUCUUUGUUAGAACCAAGGAAUCAGAAGGUUCGAAAUGCAUUUACUGUGAACAAGGUCGUUCUGUGGAAUCAUAAGUCACUCGUGUCGCGAGAAUGUAUUCCAAAUGCUGCUUUCACAAAGCACUUUAUUCCUUUAUUCAACUGCCAAAGCAGUUUUGCAUAAUUGUACAGUUCUGUACUGGCCAGUAAUGGUGUUCUAUAUAUUUUGUAAUUUGCAAAGUGGCAUAUGAUGUAUAUUUUCUACAAGGGAAAUAAAUAAAUAAUAAAUAAAUGCAAAAGUGA